UUUUCCUCCUUUUUCUUGUAGUGUGUAAAAAAUCUCAUUCAAGGAUAACUUUGAUUAAUUCAUUAGUAAAGCAAGCGUUUCGACCUUGCCCUUUUCAACGUCUCUGAUGAUAAAAAUGUAAAAAUAAAAUACUUGACUAUAUUUUAUUCUGCCGCAAUUUUGGCAUGGCUCAGCCAAACGUGAUCAAACGGUAAAAAAAAAAAAGACAAAAAAACAUGCACACGUUGCAGCUGCAACAAUCGGAUCGAAUUUUCGUACGUACGAGACCCACCAUUGUUUCGAGUACGUAUGCACAAGGCCGCAUAGCACAGUUAUGAAUGAUGCACUCGCUGGAGUAGGGGCGAGCGUGCAUUGACCGAAUCAGGGCUGUACAAGAUCGAAUUAACACCCUCUGCGAACUCUCUCAACAUGUAUGUCAGUUGGAUACGCACAAGUAACGUACGGUAAGAGAUAAUACGUACCUGUUUUAUAUUCUUUCAUUCCAAUUAAGAAAAAUAUUUCGAGACAAACAUUUGGUUCAGAGUUACAUGUCGUACAUUUUUUUUUUUUUUCCGGAUGACGGUGUCGCUCUCGAGCAAAGUACGUCGUAAAGCAACGUCGAGAAUCGGUUCUUUUCCGCGAAAAGACGAAGAAGCAUUCUCUCAGCCGCUGUCCAACGCUGUUGUCGAUCGACCGGUCAGAGCGAAAAGAACAGCCGGCGCGCAGAAGGGGAAAGUCUUUCCCCUUUCGCGGAACCGACUCAUUGCUCUGCAGUGUACCACAUGUGCAUGAGACCAGAUGAUUGGCGCGCCCCGAUGAGGCGCGUUCUCAAACGCGUCCUGUUGUUCCCGCUGCUUCAUCGCUGUAAGUGCCCCUCCCAUCGGGCGGACGAAUCAUGGAUUUGGGGUGGUGGUCGGGUCGGUGGGUCAGUCCAAGUCAGUCGACGUUCACAAGUGACGACGUAAGGUUGAUACCAGGCGACACUGGGCGUUUCGUGGUAUGUGGUAACGGCCUGUCAGUGAACCUCGGUCGAAGAUGGGGACACAGAAACCCGGAGAAUGGGCGAGUUUGGUGCUCACCCGUUUCGAGGAUCAGCUGCCAUGUCGUUCCGGUCCCGACAGCCCGCAGUCUCGUAUGAACGAGAAGAGGAGCGAGAAAUGCCUGAUCGAGAUCUCCCGUUACCGAUUCUCUCUCGUGAUAUCGGGCCUCACAAAGAUGCUGCAGCGCGUCAACGAGGCGACGCCGAACUCGAGCGGUCAGCGACCGUUUCUCCACGCCAUGGAUCAGGACCGGCAAGAGUCCAUCAUCAUCGUGCUGGACACGCUGGAGAAGUGCUUGGCGAACACGCCGAAAGACACGACCAAGUUCGAGGAGGCAAUGAACGUGAAGUUACUGCUUCGGGAAAUAUGCCAGUUCAUAUGCAUACCUUACGACAGUAGUUUGCAGACCAAGAUGAUAAAGGAUCUGGCGAGCAAGGUGCUGUUUGCUCUGAGUGUAAACUUCUUCAACGCGGUCUUCAAUCGGAUCUCGGCCAGGCUUCAGGAGUUGUCCAGCAGCGGUGAAGAGAAUCCAGAUUGCAGCGACAUCGAGCUAAUGCAGCACAUUAACGUCGAUGUCCAGAAACUGACCAGGCUCUUGAACGAAACGAUACAGAAGGUUCGACAGUUGAAAAAGAUAGCGUACCUCGUUCUCAUGAAUUCCUUGGAGAAGGCGAUCUGGAAUUGGAUGGACACUCAUCCGCAGGAGUUUGCCGAUCUGCAGAAGCAACCGAACGAGGACGUCAGCAAAGCCUGCGAGGAGCUGUUCGACAUUCUCGACACUUUCGUCGACAAGAAGAGUCGAGCCGCAACUGUAUGGCCGUUGCAGAUGAUGCUCCUUGUACUCUCGCCCAGGGUGCUGAACGAGAUUGUGAAGGCCGAAUCCGGACCGCCCGGAUCGCCGCGCUACUCGAAAAAGAAGCAAUUCAUCGAUAGCGUGAAGCGCAACAUGAAGAUGCACGGUAGCUCAUCCAGCCGGCAGCUGACCGAGGCGGCUGUAAUCACAUGUAGCAAACUUACGAAGGCAGCCACGUACGUCAACACCGCGGACUUCAACAGCAGCGUUGUUCUUACAUUGGCGCAACAAGUGACCGACGAUCUUAUGAUGCUGCUCUUCAAUCCUUCGAAAUCAAGGGGUCAAAAUUACAUCGCACAAGACGUCGACUUGAUGAUAGACUCCUUGGUUAGCUGUUACCGUAUCAAUCCGAGCAACAACGAGGUGUUCCGAUUCUGUCUGAACGGCAAUUACUUGUAUCAAUUUGUCGUAGUCAGCUCGCUGUACAAGAUCUUCACUCAGCCGAGACUGCCGUGGUGGCCGGAGAUCAAUUUAAUGUAUUCGUACGGCACGGAACUGAGACACAUGUUCACCGACACUCUGAACAAAGUGAUGCAAAAUUACACGGGAAACACGCAAACGUUACGUAUGAUUCACACUUUUACGUUCAAGUCCAAGGAAGAAAUGACCAACUCCAGAAAUCUGUUACUGAUGAUGGUGCGACUGAUCCACGUAGACCCAAUGUUGAUGUUGCAUAAUGACGGCACUGCCAGUCACGAAAAGUCCAGUUUAGAACUAAUCAGUGGACUCGUCUCGUUAGUCCAUCAUUCUACCAUGUCGGACAUCGCCUACGAAGCGAUGGAGGCUUUGCUGGUUCUGCAUCAGCCAGAAAAGAUCAAAGCGUGGAAUAUGGAAGCGCCCCUGAUUACGUUCUGGGACAUUAAUUCGCAAGUUAUUCUCUCGAUCUCAUUAAAAUUGAUUCAACGUGGUGCCAAUUACACAAGCAUAUUUAAGUGGUUUCGCGAGAUACUGAUCUGUAGAAAUGCCUUUCUCUCUCAGUACAAAGAUAACGCGAAUGUAGGCAGCCAAAUCGCGAUCAGCAAGGAGGCACACAUUAAACUAGAGAUCGUUUGCCUAAUGUAUUUGUGGAGCACGGAUCUUGAGGCUGUUUUAAUAUCAAUGUCUUGCUUCGCGUUGUUAUGCGAGGAAGCCGAAAUUCUCUGCGGAAGCGACGAAGUGGCAGCUGUGACCUGCCUGCUUCCAAAUUAUCAAGUGUAUUUGGAACUGGCGCAAGCAUCGACAGCGUUAAUCUCUGCCUACGGGGAGAGUAGAUUGCAUUAUCAGGAACAUAGCGACGGACGCGCUUCGAUGCAGAAGAAAAUAUUGUUUCUAUUAAGAAAAAUAGAACAUUGCGUGAACGGCGUUCAGCCGGCAUGGGAAGAAACAUUUAAAAGUUGGGAACUGAUCUCUCGACAAUUGUCCUUAAAUUAUCCUAAAACCAAGACUGAAGACGCGCAAGCGGAAUCGUUUUGUCGUACGGUCAGUAACGUGAAGCGAAAAGCGGCUCACCAGAAUUCGGAGCACGAUGUGGAAGAGCAAAUUAACGAGUGGGCCAAUAUGACGGGAUUUCUUUGCGCUCUAGGCGGAGUGUGCUUUUCGCGUCAUUCACCGAGCAAGAUCGAUCCCGGCCCGACGUCCGUCUCGACAAAUUGUAAUCAAGAAGCGCACAAUUGCCAAGUGACACAGUUCGUCUCCACUCUAUUGCGACUGUUAAAUUGCAACAAUGAAAAAUUCGGCAGCCAAAUACAGAAAUACGUGAAAGAGACGGUCGGACAUGAAAUGAGUCCCGCGCUGUAUCCGAUAUUGUUUGACCAGAUCAGAAAUAUAAUCGAAAAGUUCUUCGAUUCUCGUGGACAAGUGAUAAUAUCGGACCUGAACACCCAAUUUAUAGAACACACUAUAUUCAUAAUGCACAAUAUUCUGGAUCCAAAAACGGAUCAACCGUCGGAGUAUCUUGGGAAGACCAGCAUAGAAGCCAUGAUGUUGGCGAUUGUUAGAUACGUCAGACACCUAGACAUGAUGGUGCAUUCGAUAUGUAUUAAGACGAGAUUGUGCCAACUGGUCGAGACUAUGAUGAGAAGACGUGAUGACUUGGCGUUCAGACAAGAACUGAAAUUUCGCAACAAACUAGUGGAAUAUCUGACCGAUUGGGUGAUGUGGGAGCCGCUUUUGUCGUCAACAAGUGAUAUUACUUAUACCAGAGAUUUGGAUCAAGCUUGCAUGGAAGCAGUAGGAGCAUUGUUGCGUGGGCUUCCUCUUCAGCCCGAAGACUCCGAUUGCCCUGACAUGAUGGAGGCAAAGUCUGAAUUGUUCUCCAAGUAUUUCAUGCUUUUCAUGAAUUUAUUGAAUUAUUGCAAGGAACCGACGCUGACGAAGAACGAGGAUGUUAUACCCGGACAAUCGCCCACUUUAGCGACCAGCAAGUUAGCCACUUUGCGCGACACCACCAUUCAAGCCAUGAGUAAUCUUCUCAGUGCUAACAUAGAUAGCGGUUUGAGGCACUCGAUACACUUAGGCUACAAGGCAGAUCUCAAAACGCGAGCCGCGUUUAUGGAAGUGCUGACUAAAACCCUUAAGCAAGGGACAGAGUUUGACACUCUCGCUGAGACCGCCCUUGCUGACAGAUACGAACAAUUGGUCGAUCUCAUCACGAUAAUGACCGAGAAAGGCGAUUUGCCUAUUGCUAUGGCACUAGCUAAUGUAGUGACGAACGAAAUGGACGAGCUGGCGCGUGUCUUCGUGACGAUAUUCGAUGCGAAGAACUUACUGACACCUCUGUUGUGGAAUUUUCUCUACCGCGAGGUCGAAGUGACCGAUUGCAUACAAACGGUUCUUCGUGGCAAUACUCUGGGAAGUAAAAUCAUGUCUUGCUGCUUCAAAAUGUUUGGCGCCAACUAUUUGCAGGGUUUACUUGAGCCGUUCAUUGAACCUUUGCUAGACGAGCCGUCUGUCAGUUUUGAGGUGGACAGCGCGAGGAUCGAAUCCGAUGAAAGUAUCGAACAGAAUAGCGAAAACCUAAUCAAACUGACGCAAAAAGUAUUUGACGCCAUAAUAUCGUCGGCAGAUGUGUUUCCCUCAAAAUUACGUUUGAUCUGUCACUGCUUGUAUCAAAUAUUGUGCAAGAGAUUCCCGCAAUACUCGGGACAAAUCAACUUGGUAGCUGUGGAAACGGUGAUAUUUUUGCGUUUCAUCAAUCCCGCCGUUGUCUCACCUCAAGAAAUGGGAAUCGUGAACAAACCAGUGCCGCAACACGUCAAACGAGGUCUCAUGCUAAUGUCGAAAAUAUUGCAGAACAUCGCCAAUCACGUGGAAUUUAGCAAAGAGCAACACAUGUUACCGUUCAACGACUUUCUGACUGCUCGUUUCGAGAUUGGUCGGAAAUUCUUCGAAAAAAUAUCGUUGACAUGCGAUAAAAUUGAGCACAAUCAGUAUCCCAAGUCGUUUGUUUCGGACGCCAAUGUUCUGACCUUGCACAGGCUCUUGUGGAAUCAUCAAGAGAAAAUGAGAGAUUAUCUCACCAGCAGCAGAGACCACAAAGCUCUCGGAAGAACGCCUGUCGACAGAUUGGCUACGUUAUUGGCGUAUCUUGGUCCACCCGAACAUAAGCCACUAUAUUCCCACUCGGUCUUUCCGUCUUCUUACGUUCGUAUGACACGAUGGGCAAACAAAGACAUAUCGUCAAGUAAUUUCGAGGAUAUCAUGAUGCAACUCAACGUGCAGGAGAGAGAAGAUUUCAAAAACAUUCAGAGCAUGAAUAUUUUUUAUCAAGCAGGCACCAGCAAGCGAGGCUAUCCGGUAUUUUACUACAUCGGGCGCAGAUUCAAAUACGGCGAGACGAACAGCGAUCUGCUGAUAUAUCACGUGAUUCUAACUCUAAAGCCGUUCUGUCGCAGUCCGUACGACGUGGUCAUCGAUUGCACUCACAUGUGCGCAGACAAUCGUUUUAGAACGGAAUUCUUGCAAAAAUGGUUUUACAUGCUGCCCGAAACGUAUUACGAAAACGUUCACGCGAUUUACAUAUACAACUGCAACAACUGGGUGCGUGAGCACAUAAAGUUUCACAAUGAGAUUUUGGCGCCGUUGAAGGGAAAUCGAAAAAUAGUCUUUCUCGACAGCCAAGAGAAGUUAAACGAUGUGAUCGACAUCGAACAACAGAAAUUACCGGGUGCGACGUUGUCGUUAGACGAAGACUUGAAUCAUGUCUUUACUGGUGUUCUGAAACAAUACAAUAACAAAGAUCUCAAAGUGACCAUAAAAAUCGGACCGACUAGUCUGCAAGUAACUUAUGUAGACAAAUCCAAAGUGCUGUCGCAGUAUGUUCUGUUAAACGACGUGUAUUACGCGUCCGAGAUACAGGACGUGACCGUGGUGGACGAAAGCCAGUUCACGGUAAUUGUUUCCAUCGAAGUCGGACCUUUACAUUUUGCUCACAGCGACUGCGCGGAGACCAUCGCUCAGGCGAUAUGUUACAUCAAGAAACGCUGGGUGCUCUCGCAGUCAGAAACCGUGCCCACUCAUGCGAAGAUCAGGCCUAAGGACGUACCCGGCACUUUGCUGAAUAUGGCUCUGCUAAACCUGGGCAGUCCGGAUCCAAAUCUUCGACUUGUCGCGUACAAUCUGUUGUGCGCGCUCACGACAACGUUCGAUUUGAAGAUACAGGGCCAACUGGUGGAGACAUCCUGCAUCUGCAUACCGAAGAACAACACGAUGUUUAUUGUUCAUCUAAGUGAGACACUGGCGGCGAACGAUCCGCAUCUCACGCUCGAGUUUCUUCGAGAGUGCAUGCAGGGUUUCAAGGAGUCGACUUUUGAGCUGAAGCACCUGUGCUUGCAGUACAUGACACCAUGGCUGAGCAAUCUCGUGCGAUUUUACAAAUCCCAAGACGAGGAACUGGGUGGCAAGAAGCAGAAGCAAAUCAUAGAAAUACUGAACGAUCUAAUCACGCUGACCAUCCAGGAAAUCGAUAUGUAUCCAAGCAUGCAGGCCAAGAUCUGGAACACAAUCGGCAGACUGCCGGAACUGAUUGACGACGUGCUCGAUAUAUUUCUUCAACGCAGCACGCAGUACGGCCUGGGCUCGCCGAUGGCCGAGAUAAUGGCGGACACCGCGGUCGCGGUCGCCCAGGCGUCCGCCAACGUGCAGCUGGUAACCACAAAACUGAUCAACAAAGUAUGCCGGAUGCUCGACAAAACCUGUAUGUCGCCGACGUCGCAACUCGAACAACACGUAAUGUGGAGCGAUAUCGCGAUCCUGGCGAGAUAUCUCUUGAUGCUCUCAUUUAACAACUGUCUCGACGUGGGGAAGCAUCUGCCGUACAUAUUUCACGCGGUCACGCUACUCGUUUGCAGCGGCAGCUCGACCAUGCGCGCGUCCAUUCACGGUCUCAUGACCAACAGCAUACAUUCCUUGUGCACGUGCAGUUCACCCAAGUUCUCCGAAAACACGCAUCGAAUAUUGCGGAUGAGCCUGGACGAAUUCUCACUGCCGAAAUCGUAUCUGUUGUUCGGCAUCGACAACGUGAAAUCCGCUACAGCUUUUUACAAUCACUCUUACUCCGCCUGCGAGAACUCCGUCAACGACAAAUGGCUGGACAACAAUGAGCGGGACGGGACGCAGGACAAAGAAAAUCUCAACCUGUCUAAUUUGGAAAUCAUAACCGACGCUCUUCUGGAGAUAAUGGAGGCUUGCAUGCAGGACAUUCCGAAGUGCGACUGGUUGAACAUCUGGACUCUGCUGGCAAAGAACUUGGCUUUCUCGUUCAAUCCGGCUCUGCAGCCGAGAGCGCUCAUUGUUUUCGGAUGCAUUAGCAAGAGCAUAACAGAUCAAGACAUAAGACAGCUGCUGAAGAUAUUGGUGAAGGCGCUCGAGAGUUUCAAUGACAUUUAUCUCAUUGAGGCUAUAGUCAUGUGCUUGACACGACUGCAGCCGCUUCUUAGAUCCAACUCGCCAAUACACAAAUUCUUGUUUUGGAUCGCCACGUCCGUCCUUGAGCUGGACGACAUGACAUUGUACGCAUCCGGUCUGGCCCUUCUCGAGCAAAACUUGCACACGCUUGAUUCGCUAAAUACUUUCAACAACGAGUCAUUGAAGGACGUGAUGUUGUCAACGCGCAAGCCUCUGGAGUAUCACUUCAAACAGCUGGAUCACACUGUGGGCUUGUCCUUUGAAAAAGAAUUCCACUUUGCGCUGGUCGGUCAUCUUCUGAAAGGUUACAGGCACGAGUCGCCGACCACGGUCACCAGAACGAUCAGAGUUCUGACUAUGUUGCUGGGAAUUAUUGCCAAGAAAUCAAAACGGGAUAAAUUCGAAGUGACGCCAGAAAACAUUCCUUAUUUAAUCGCCUUGGUGGCUGUGUCCGAAGAAGUCCGUAGUAGGUGUCACAUUCGGCAUUCGAUCAAUAAAAGUCUGCACGAUUCAGUAAGUGGUACGGAUAUUUUGGACACGUUAACUUCGCGCAAUACGGAUAUAUCGGGGGUAUCCACCAAUCCUAGAAGACAGAAAACUUGGGACUUGCUGGACCAAUCCGCUAUCACCAAGGCGAAGCAACAGAAACAACAACCCGCGCAGACUGGACGGCUUUUAUUUAAAUCGCAGCGAUCCUUGAGCGUGCCAAGUGCAAAGGAAGACAAGACGGCGGACGACUCUCAGCAACAGCAGAAAGAUCGUAACGCUAGAGUGAGCGUGAGCAACGAGACCAACGUCUUGCUCGAUCCGCUUGUGCUGACCGAGGACUCGACACAGACGUUGGUUAUUACCAUGCUUGCCACUUUAGUCAAGUACUCCACGAACGAGAACGAGACCCGGAUUCUGUAUGAGUACUUGGCAGAGGCGACUGUAGUUUUCCCGAAAAUUUUCCCAGUUGUACACAACUUGCUUGACGCGAAGAUCACCAGCGUGUUAUCUUCCUGUCACGAUCAAGCGAUAUUAAACGCGGUGCAAACUAUUAUACAAAACAUGAUAUCCUGCGAAGACGCGAGUCAAAACUUGCGCGAGCUCAACUUUCAACAUCGCUUGCAAACAAGCGGUUUUCGCGGUCUUUGGAGGUUUGCGGGAUAUUACACGAAUUCCAACUGUACGCCCGAGAGUUCCGAGUUCUUCGCGCGUUGCCUGGAAGCGAUGAUCGAAUUGUCUCUGAAGAUGCAGGAGACAGCUGUCGAGGAUGAGAAACGCGGACAAUCGACCAACUCCGGGCUAAAAACGAAGCCACCUACAGUCGGAAUUGCUAAAGAAUAUUCUCGGACGUCGUCGGAAAUCGAUUCUUCCUCCGUUCACAGCGACAGCACGCGCAGUAGACGGAUCGACUCGGUCGAGCGAGGUGAAACUCGGUCCGCGAACCAGACGGAAGAUAAGGGCGGAGGUACACAAAUAUAGCAAUCAAUGCACAGCACUGGCAAACAGUGCGACAAAAGCAAAACCAAACGGCAAAACAGCCGGAAGUUGAAGCGGCAAAUGAGGUGCGCGUAUGCUUCAAACAAUGUCAAGUUGUAGAUGUAGUUGACAGACUUAUUAGAGCAUCAUCACCCGUUCCGUGUUGCAUCUGCAAACUAGCCAAUCAAAUCAGUACAGUGCCAUCUCCUUCACAAUAAUGAGCCUACAGAAAUGAACAUCAUCAACGAACGUAACCCAACAACUACACUUCUGUUUCCAGUCAAGAAUACGUUUGUUAGUGUGUGAUCGCGACUUCGUCGAUUAUUUUUCACAAAUUCUUUGGUGGUCUGUGAGCGCCGAAGUUCGAGCAUUCGCGAAUUUGCUGUUGAAUCGAAAUUUCGCAAGGCAAUCCGGACCAGUAGUGCCUCUCGUCUCAAAGCGUCUCUUACACAACAGAGAUCUCUGCUUCAAGACGAAUUGAUAUCCAGAAAAAAAAAAACAAAAAACAGCGCGUAAAUGAUACGAAAUACAAGCGAACACCAACUUAGCUGUUUAUUAUUGUCUAUCAUUUAUUAUAGUACAAAGCAAGACCAAGCUGUUAUCUUCUCAAAAAACAAAAACAAAAAAAAAACAUACGCACGAGACAAAUUAGUAAUAUACAAAAGAAAAGGAAAUGAGGAACGACGCGUUAAUAAACAUAAACUGUGAUAAAUAAAUCGUGAUGGGUAAAACGAAUAAUGAAUAUAUAUACUAUAAAUCGUAUAUUAUAAAAUUAUACCCAAGAUACUAUUUUGACGUCUAUAUCGUAAAAAAAAAAAAGAAAAAUAAAUAAAUAAUCGCGCCACUUUUUAUUUAGAUUCUAUUUAUUUAUAUAUAUUUAGAGACAAAAACAAAAAAAAAGGUUUUUUGACGCCGUAGGAAGUGUAACAUAUGUUAUUGAUAUGCGCAGCGAUCGAAGUGUGAAUUUAGGAUAAUUAAACGUGAAGGUGAUGUGUUUCAUCCGGCUAUAUAUAUAUAUAUAUAUAUUACAGACAGUGUAAAUAGCGAUGUCUCCACAGGUCUCUAAGCGAAUCAACUAAAAGUCUGAGAUAACCGCACAUAAAUGUACAUAGUAUGUACGUUGUAGUCGACAGAACGAGAGAACGAGUUGAUUUUUUAUAUAAAACGUAGCGGACGAUCUAUUUCUAAGCUUGUACGUGUAUUUAGACGAUGAAUUUACGUUUAAGACGCGGACGUGAAGAUUCGAUCUUUUCUCACAUUUAUGUGAAAAUUACUCUAUUUUCUUACGCUAAGAAAGCUCGAAAUAAUUUUUCAUACCAUUUCUCAUUUUGUUGUUUAUUUUCUUCAUUGCGGUACGCACAUGCACACUCUUUCGCGAUUGAUUUCUCGUCGUAAAUCCCCACCGUGGCAGCGGCCAUACAAUGUGAUAAUUUUUAUAUAUCGAUAGUUUACACAGUAUGUGUUGAUGUAUGUGUUCACAAGUUGCUAAUUGCGCACUUUGACAUUAACGAGCGCAUUUGUAACUCUCUAUCGUGUAUCUCUUUUUUCUCUUACCAAAGAAUUGAAAAAAAAAAAAAAAAUAAGUUGCAAUCUCUAUGCGCGCGCGCGCAAAUGUGUCACUACUUCGGCGUAUUUUUUUUUCUCGCAAUAUUCGUGUUCCUAGAGUACGUAUCAUCAUCGGAACUACGACAGAAACAACGGAGCUAUCGGACAAAAA